UCGUAUUGUUGUAAAUACAACGAAGCAACCUCUAAAGGAUUAUGGCUUCCACGGGACUGUUGGUGGUGUCUAAUAUAAAGCAUCUGGGUACAUCGUUGCGGAGCAUCGAGAAGUACGUUAGCUCAUUGUACAUAGCAUUAAAUGUGUCAACAUGUGGAGCAAAACAGGAAAUUCAACCGCCACCACCACCUGUUUGGGGCCGCCUUAUAUCACAGGUUUAUGCCGACAGUAGUAGCUAUGUGGGCAAUAAUAUUGACUUGAGGGUGCUGGUGACACCUCUAAAGCCCUUCGAUUCUGCUUCUGGUUUAGUGAAGUUGCAUAAAACAGUGGAUGUUUUGUUUUCUGAUGCACAUCAGCCGGAACUUUGCGAGAGUUGGCGAAGAACCCUUAACAUAACCAAGCCCACUAUUUUUCUUCAAGACACGGACAUGAAUGACUUGGCUACGUUGGAAAGCAGCCCGCAGGAGGUAAAGGUUUAUCCAAAUGUAGUGUUAGGUGGAACUUUUGACCGCAUACAUAUUGGCCACAAGAUCUUCUUGACCCAGGCAGUGCUACGUGCUACCCAGCGCCUUGUGGUAGGCGUUACAACAGCCACCAUGACUAAAUCUAAGACAUUGCCUUAUCUGAUUUUGCCCGUAGAGGAGCGAAUUGCACAACUACGUGAUUUUCUCAUGGAUAUUGAUUCAACGCUACAGUAUGAUAUUGUUCCCAUAGAUGAUCCAUUUGGGCCGACACAGCAUGAUCCGGACAUGGACAUGAUUGUUGUAAGUGCCGAAACUUUUCGUGGAGGCCAGAAGGUCAACGAGAUUCGCAGUUCAAAACAUCUUAGCCAACUGGAUAUUUUUGUAAUUGACAUUGUGGAAAGCAAUGUCAGCGAUAGCAUACACGAGUCGAAGGUCAGCUCGAGUAACACGCGCAUUGAUCUUCUUGGCACACGAUGGCGUAAACCUGAGCCUCGACCAAAUCUUCCUGCAGUUCCCUACAUUAUUGGCCUGACGGGUGGCAUUGCCUCGGGUAAAAGCAAAAUGGCUGAGCGCUUAGGCAAAUUAGGCGCCCAUGUCAUUGACUGUGACAAGGUUGCCCAUGAUGUCUACGAGCCUGGCCAGACGUGCUAUGAGAAGAUUGUGAAGCACUUUGGUAAUCAUAUAUUAGCUAUGGAUGGUCGCAUUGAUCGAACAAAACUGGGUCCUAUAGUCUUUUCAAAUACAAAAGAGUUGCAAACACUCAAUGACAUUGUUUGGCCAGAACUAAUGGUAGAAGUAAAGAGGCGUUUGGCUGUCUUAAGUUCGUUACCCACACCCCCUAAAGUGGUUGUCUUAGAGGCAGCGGUUUUGCUGCGUGCUGGUUGGGAAACUGAGUGUCAUGAAGUGUGGUCCAUGGUUGUGCCUCCUGAGGAGGCGGUACGGCGCAUAAUUGAGCGCAAUGGGCUUAGUGAAGAGGAGGCAUGCAAACGUCUGUCCAACCAAGUGCCCAAUAGCGAAAUUGUAGCAAAAUCUAAUGUAAUUUUCAGCUCCCAAUGGGAUUACGACUUUACGCAGAAGCAGGCAGAACGCGCAUGGAAUAUGCUGAACAAAGAACUUAACUCGCGACAUAGUAGUCUGUGACGAAAAAACAGUACGGCAUUUUCUUGUUAAACACAGUAAAAUAUGCUAUUUCAACAUUGUAUGCAUUUGUUUGUGUAGUUAUUUUUUUUCGUAGCUUUAGGUCGAAAUGUUAAUAAAGAGAAAUGCGUACUACAA